AUGUGUUCCCCUGCGGUAUAUCUAUACACCGAUCUUCAGGAGAGUACGCCGAACCUCCGCCCCCAUCAUGCCUUCCGUCGCCGUCGCCACGUCCGUGCUCUCUUUUGCCCCCCUGCACACACGUCCUUGUUUCUCACUCCUACUCCCUCCCUUUCCAGCUAUGGCCCUAUCUUUAUUGGCGUCAUCUUCAACACUCUCCUAUACGGCAUAAUGAUCACCCAGACAUACAUUUACUUCACCACCUUCAAACAGGACCGCACCUGGAUGAAGGCGUACGUCGGCCUUCUUUUUCUCUGCGACACUGUGAACUCCGCCUUCGACAUCGCCUUUCUUUACAUCGCGCUCAUCAACAACUUCGUGAGUGGUCCGCGAUUGUCCUUUUUAUCUCGUGAUGUUCAUCCGAGCGCUUCUUCCGCGCAGGCCAUCAUCGGGAGUCUUGUGCAACUGUUCUUCGCGUGGCGUGUCAAGGUCCUCACGAACAGCACGCUCGCCGUGGUCUUCAUCACCGCGUGUGCGAUAGUCUCGCUCCUCGGAGGAAUGGGAACCGCGAUCGCCACCCACAUGAUGCCCGAGUUCGCUCAGCUCCGGAGGUUCAAAGUGAUCGUCAUCAUCUGGCUGGUUUCCUCCGCCAUGGCCGAUUGCCUGAUCACGUUCGUUCUGGUUCGGUAUCUGCGUGGCCACAAGACCGGUUUCGGCCAGACAAAUGACUUCUUGAACAAGAUCAUUCGAAUCACCGUUCAAACGGGCCUCAUCACAGCCCUCUGCGCGAUCAUCGACCUGGUCACGUUCUUGCUCAGCUCGACAGGCAUCCACCUGACCUUCAACCUCGCGCUCUCGAAGCUCUACACGAACUCGCUCAUGUCCACCCUCAACUCCCGCGCCGGAUGGAGCUACGGCUCGCACUUGAACAGCGGGCACGGCACGGGCGAGUCCGGCAACCGCCGCAACUUUAGCGUCCGCACCGGCGAGGUGAAGAUGGUGAGCGUCGCCGCCCCCGGCCAGGUGUACGUCGACGUGGAGUCCCACCAGAUGGUGGACGUCACCGACGCGAAGGGCAUCUACCCCCCGGUGCCCGCGCUGAACCUGCACGAUUACACCAAGAAGUCGGUGGUUCUGAGCGCCGGAACGGUGGAGUGA